CAGGCCCCCUCGGGGCGGGGUUUGCGCCUGCGUGGUGGGCGGCUUCGGGGUGGGGCAGGCUUAUAUUCGCGGACGAUCAGCUGACUACCCGCAUUGCAGGCUGCGGAGUCAAGCGGAGCCAUGUAUACCCUGAUUCUCCUGGCCAGCCUUCUGGGCGUGGCUCUAGGCAGCCCUGUGCUGGGUCUGAAAGAAUGCAGCCGAGGCUCGGCAGUGUGGUGCCAGAAUGUGAAGACAGCAGCAGACUGUGGGGCUGUGAAGCACUGCCAGCAGACUGUGUGGAGCAAGCCCACCGUGAAAUCGCUUCCCUGUGACAUAUGCAAAGAUGUUAUCACUGCUGCUGGCAACAUGUUGAAAAACAACGACACUGAGCAAGAGGUCCUUGGGUACUUGGAGAAGGUCUGUGACUGGCUUCCGAAACCAAAUAUGUCCUCCAAAUGCAAGGAGACCGUGGACACCUACUUCCCAGUCAUCCUGGACAUGAUUAAAGGAGAGAUGAGUAAUCCAGGAGAGGUGUGCUGUGCUCUCAAUCUCUGCGAGUCUCUGCAGAAGCACCUGGCGGAACUGAAUCACCAGAAACAGCUCGAGACCAAUAAGAUCCCAGAACUAGACAUGGCUGAGGUGGUGGCUCCUUUCAUGGCCAACAUUCCCCUCCUGCUCUACCCCCAGGAAGGCCCCAAGAGCAAACCCCAGCCAAAGGAUGACGGGGAUGUUUGCCAGGACUGUAUUCAGAUGGUGACCGACAUCCAGACGGCUGUAAGGACCAACUCUACCUUUGUUGAGGCCUUGGUGGAGCACAUCAAGGAGCAGUGUGACCGCUUGGGACCUGGCAUGGCUGACAUGUGUAAGAACUACAUCAACCAGUAUUCUACAAUUGCUGUCCAAAUGAUGAUGCAUAUGCAACCCAAGGAGAUUUGUGCACUGGUUGGGUUCUGUGAUGAGGUGAAGGAGGUGCCCAUGAAGACUCUGAUCCCAGCUGAAGUGGUCUCGGAGAAUGUCAUCCCUGCCCUGGAACUGGUAGAACCCCUUAAGAAGGAUGUAUUCCAAGCAAAGUCUGGUGUCUCCUGUGAGCUGUGUGAAUACGUGGUAAAGGAACUGGUCAAGUUGAUUGAUAACAACAGGACCGAGGAAAAAAUACUUGAUGCUUUAGACAGAGUGUGUUUGAAAAUGCCUAGCUCCAUAUCCGAGCAGUGCCAGGAGUUGGUGAAUACUUACGGCAGUUCCCUCUUAUCAAUCCUCCUGGAGGAGACGAGCCCCGAGUUGGUGUGCAAUGCCAUCCAUCUCUGCACCACCAAGGGGCUGCCUGUAGCGACUGUGCACGUGACUCCACUGAAGGGCGGUGGCUUUUGUGAAGUAUGCAAGAAGCUGAUUCACUAUCUAGAUCAGAACUUGGAGAAAAACAGCACAAGGCAAGAGAUCCUGGCUGCUCUGGAGAAAGGCUGCAGCUUCCUGCCUACCAGCUACAAGGAUCAGUGUGAUGAGUUUGUGUCCCAGUAUGAGCCUGUGGUAUUAGACAUCUUGGAGCAGGUGAUGGAUCCUUCCUACGUGUGCCUGAAAGUUGGAGCCUGCCCCUCAGCCCGUAAGCCUCUUCUGGGAACUGAGAAGUGUGUGUGGGGCCCAAGCUACUGGUGCCAGAACAUGGAGUCUGCAACCCAGUGCAACGCUGUUGAGCACUGCAAACGCCACGUAUGGAACUAGAAGGAUGGCCCACCUUGGAGAGCUGCAGUUAUCUUGUACUACUUGUGUUUACGGGAAUGAACACACAGAUCUGUUGAUGUUGUUAUAAAAAUAGGCCCUCCUUUCCUUUCCUCUGUUUCUCACCUCCCCUACUGUAGCACUGCUAGGCGUGGGAGGUGCCUAGCCUGCCCCUGACGUAGCUGCUUCAGUGACCCUUAGUUCUCUGCUAGGUGGAUGACAUAUUGUACACUGGAGACCUUUUAGCAUGUCCUUGUAUGGUGGCUAUCUGGAGAAAAGGGCCUUUGCACGUUGGCAUGAGCCAGAGCUUCUUGACAGAAAAUGUCCAUCUUCUUGACGGGCCUCAUUCUGAAUGCUGACAGGGGCUUGGGCUUGGGUUACCCCAAGGAAGGUGCCCCUGCCCCAACCCAGGCCAUAGCUACUGUGCAAUGGAGCAAAACAGAGACAGUUUUAUAUCAGAUAAUUAGAAACUCAGAAUUAGGUGUUUAAACAGUGAAGUCCCCAUUGUAAUGGAGAUUUUGGAAGUGGCUACUUAGGAGACCUAGGCCAGCCAAGGUUCAGUGUACCUUGGUCAGUGCUUUCAGUUUUCCUGGUGAUGCCUUGUUUGAGGUUCUGUGGGUUUAGGUGGGGGGAGAAAUCUGCUUGAAUGUAACCUACUUAGCUCUUUGUGGAGGCCCUGUGGUUCUGGCCUAUGUGUGUGUAUUGGUGGUCAUUUCAUGCCCACUUUUGUAUCUGGCUGCUGAAGCCCUGCUCCCUGGGGCCCACAUUGCUCUGAGCAGUGAGACUGUCACCUUGACCCCCUUUUGUAGAUGCUCUUUUUUUUGACCUUGCCUUUCAAAUAAAUGUGGAUGAAAGCUCCUAAGCCUCUGGCUUACUGGUGGAGGGUACAUAUUCUUUGGGGCCUUGGCUUCUUCCCUUCCUCCUUGCCUGUUGCAUCUUCUGUUCCACUUCUGGCUCCCAGAAGAUAGCAAGCAAAGCCAGCAAGAUGUGCAGUUGCUGUUAAAUAGACUUAACAAUGUUUUGCACUAAAGUUUCUGUGAUUUAACAAUAAAGUUCGGUCAGUCA